AUGUUACUUUUGAACAUAAUCCUUUCCCACUCUCCCUCUCUCUCCGCAUUUGAGAGGUACUCCAAGUACAGUAAGGUGGAUGUGGCAAAGGCUAUUGACCUGGAACUGAAUGGAGACUUUGAGAACUGUCUGACUGCCGUAGUGAAGUGUGCUGGAUGCAAGCCUGCUUUCUUUGCUGAGAAACUCAACUUGGCACUGAAGGCAAACAUUGUUACAUGUUAUGUACCAGAUGAGAGGUUGCCCUGGGUCCUGAUCAUUAGGGGUAAAGGAACCAGGACCAAUAUUCUGACCCGGGUCAUGGUGAGCAGGUCUGAAGUAGACCUGGCCCGUAUUAAACAGGAGAACAAGAAGACAAAUGCAAAAUAUUAUGGCUCAUGACAACUAUCUAUGUAUUUUCUCUACCUGCUAACAGCAAUGAGCACAGUAAACAUGGUAAGCAGCAUUGACAUAUAUUUAGCUUAGCUUCACCAAACUUGAGGAUCUAUAGUGCAAUAUACCAGACACCAUUUGUGUAUGAAGAAUAUGCAGUGGCAUUGUGGCCUGGA